AUGUUCUUGGCGGCUGCUGUACCCGUGAUUUUGGCCGUUCUGCUUCAGCCACUCAGCACGGGAACCGAACCACAGCAAGAACCCGACACCGACCUGUCGCUUGGCCGUAUCUACCAAGACCAUUCGAGGAACUUACUAGCAGAGUCAUCCCGCCCUAGUGGUAGCCGUCGUCCAGACACCGAGCUUCAUAUGUGGUCAAGCACAUCUUCGGUCAACGACGAGAGCCUUAACCUGCAUCUCGGAACCACAGAACGACAGACCGAGCUCGAGCGCGAAGCUCGUAUCAAGCAAAUUGGAAAGCUGCGGGAAGAUCUCCGACAGUACUAUGAUUCUUCUUGGGAAAGCUGGCCAAAUGCCCACAUCACGCAAGGGAGGUACCAAAUAUAUGUACCUACGAUCAAGAAACGAGCCAUGGCAGCUUUUCUGCUCCGAGACAAGUAUAAGGACAUAAUCGACGCCAAAGGCAGUGGAACAGUCUGGCCGCUCGAGACGUACCGACGGUGGCAUGACAGCCUUCCCGAUCGGGCCCCGGUCGGCCGGACCGUAGAUAGGAUUGACGAUGAAUCCAACGAGGCGUACCGUCGAGAUAUCGUGGCGCAUCGUAAAUCUUACCGUGCCGGCUCAACCGGCAGGCAACCGAAAGAUCCGGUGGAGGUCCUGCCCUUCGCUCUUAUUUUGACUCUGGUGAUCUGCAAACGCCAUUCGUACGUCAAGAGCGGCUGGAAAGGCUUGGAAGGUUGCGAGACGAUCUACGUCGCCACUUUGACGUGA